ACUAGGGGCAGUUCAUUCCUCAGGUUCCUGUGCAGCAGUGACAACAUGAGGGCACUCAUUGUACUGUCCCUGCUGAUUCAGGUGCUCUCUAUACCCCCUCCACCUCACGUCGAUCCCCAUCCCGUCACCUGCGAUGAGAAGGGGGUCCAAGAGGCUUCUCAGGCAGCGGAGAAACAAAUUGCAGUCUAUCACCACCAUGGCUACAAAUACAGGCUCACUAACACCGCCUCCAGCAAACUUCAAAAGAAGGAUGACACCGAGUGUGAAUUUCACUUGGAACUGGUGUUAGAGGAAACCGACUGCCAUGUUGUGAACCCAAAACCUCUUGAGGAAUGUCAGCUCAGACAGAUGCAUGAAACAAAAGUUGUGUCGAACUGCAACGUGACCCUGACCAUAGUAAACGGAAAGACAUUUGCAAUAAAGUACUCAUGUCACUCUGAACCGGCUUCAGCAGAGGAACUAGUCAAGGUGUGCCCAGAUUGUCCCAGCCUCCUCUCUUUGACCGACCCCAAAGGACUGGAGAGCAUCAAGGAAGCAAUGAAGAAGUUCCACGCAGAAACAAAUGAAACCAAUUACUGGAAGAUGCUAGAAGUUGGCAGGAUCUCCACACAGUACAUGUUCCAGGGACAGUCUUACUUUGCUCAAUUUGCCAUCGUGGAGACCACAUGCUUACGCCAAGACAAUCCUGAGGAAAGCAAGUGUAAGAUGCUUGGCAAGGAAGAAGUUCGUUUUGGCUUCUGUACGUCCACAUUGCUGGGAGAUGGUGAGAUCACUGUUGACUGUGACCUCUAUGAAGCACAGAACACAACUGCUCACUAUCACCAUCAUCACCAUCAUUUUCACCAUGGAGUUCCAGGUGGAAGGCACCAUGGCCCUCAUUCCCAUGACGGCCCACCUCCACACCAUGCUGACCCACCUAAGCAUCCUGGUGGCCACACUGAAGACCAUGUAGGUCCUCCAGGAAAGCCUGAUGGCCCACCAAAGUUGCCUCAUGGCCCACCAAAGUUGCCUCAUGGCCCACCUGGGCACCAUGAUGGUCACCCACCUGUCCUAAAGGAAUCUUCUGAACACCACCACCCACGCGUUUGUGGUAUGCCUCCUUUUAGGGAUAAUAAAAUCCACCCAAUACGUUCCUUCCCACCACCCUUUAUGCGCCCAGGCUUCAAGGGUUGCCACCACCACCACACCAUUCCACCUACGAAUGGUGAAAGCCACGAAGGCAUAGUGGGAGGCGCAGGUCCACGACACGUUUAAAACUGACCAGGGUUGUCUUUGGGUUAGAAACAGAGCUAUGACAUUGUCAGAAGUUUCUUAUAAAUUGUAUUAAAAAUCCAUAUUAGCUGGACAUUACUUUAAAAGCAUAACUGUUUUUAAGACAAAUCGAAAAAUUCUAUUAAAAUUAAAUGUCUCUUUUCCUGAAAA